AUGUUCCACUUCAAGAAAUCUGCGUGUCUAAAAUGUGCAGUUGAGUUGGGAAUCCCAGAUGUGAUCAGUAAUCAUGGGAAGCCCAUCACACUUUCUGACCUGAUUUCUGUCCUCCCAAUCCAGCCUUCUAAAUCUGCCCACAUUUUUUGCUUAAUGCGAUUCUUGGCUAACUCUGGAUUCUUUGUUGAAAACCCUCAAGGCUAUGCACUCACCUCUGCAGGUCAGCUUCUUUUGAAAGACGAGGCAUUCAAUGUACGGGCACACAUUUUUCUAUCAUGUGAUCCUGCGCUGUUGAAGCCCUGGAAUCUCUUGACCGAGUGGUUCCAGAAUGAUGGUCCCUCUCCAUUUGAUAUUGCAUAUGGGAAUAAUCUCUGGGAUUACAGCGCGCGAGAAGUUCGAUUUGGAAACAUGUUUAACGAGGCCAUGGCUAGUGAUAAUCAGUCGUCUGUAGAAGUGCUGAUGACCAAAUGCAAGUUUGUGUUUGAAGGCUUGACAACUUUUGCUGAUGUUGGGGGUGGUACUGGCAAAGUUGCCCAAAACUUUCCUAGCAUAAAAUGUACUGUAUAUGAUCUCGCACAUGUCGUUGCUAAUCAAGAAGGAGCUGAGAACUUGGAAUUUUUAGCUGGAGAUAUGUUUCAUAGUGUACCCCGUGCUAAUGCAAUCUUGCUCAAGGUAACUAAAGACAUCCUGUCACUGAAUUCUGAUUUUCUUUAG